GUAUGCCUGAUGCUGAAGUUCAUCCCAACCUGAUUAGCUACAACGCUGCCAUCAGCUCCUGUGCCAAGAGUCAGCAGUGGCAACUGGUGGUGAAGCUAUUCGAAGGCAUGCAGAUGGACAAUGUUGCUCCAGAUGUGGUGGGCUAUACCGCUGUCAUCAGCUCCUGUGCAAGGGGCCAGCAGUGGAUGCUUGCGCUACAGAUCUUCAACAACAUGCCCAUUGCCAAG